AUGAAGGUGUGGUUUCUCGUAGUGGCAGCGUUGAGUGCAUUGGCUGGUGCGGAUCAGUGCAAGGGCGUGAAAGCGCUCACGACGACGACGACGACAACGGCGGUGACGGACGAACAAUGCGCGGAGAAGUGCGCUUCGGCGUUGACGCAAUGCAAGGCGAGCAAUAAGGAAACGAAAGAGCUGGUUAAAUGCAUCACGGGGGCGCUGCCGAACACUUGCCAACUCUCCUCGACCGUCGUGGUCAAGAAGCAGACGCCCUGGUACAAAGCCAAGUGGUUCAUCGCACUCAUGAGCGUCCUCGGCGUUCUCGCCGUUCUCGGUGCCAUCUAUCACCUUAUGGGCCAUCCUGGCAUCGGUGGCGGCGACACCAACGCCAGAACCGUCGUAGAACCCACCAAUCUCGAAGAAGACAGGGAACGACUAAUGUAA